AUGCACCCCAAACAAUACUCUAAAAACCAAAAUUGUGAGAUGAUCACAUUACAUCUCCAUAACCUUCUCAUGUCAUCUCCAUANGACCACUUCCGAUGCCCGAUCUCGAUGGAGCUCAUGCGGGACCCGGUCACGAUCUCGACAGGCGUAACAUACGACCGUAAAAACAUCGAGAAGUGGUUUCACGACUACCGUAAAAAAACCUGCCCGGCCACAAUGCUGCCCAUCCAAACACCCGAAACCACCCCCAACCAUACCCUCCGCCGCCUCAUCGACACGUGGCUCGCCACACGUGCAUCCUCCUCUCGUGGCCCCGAGCUGGCCCAAAUCCUCGAUGGGCUCUGCUCGAGCCCAUUCAGGGUGAGCUGGCUUCAGAAGCUGAGGUCAGCACUCGUGUCGUCAUCGUCGGGCAGCGAUGACGUCAUCGCGCGUGAGUUCGUGCGGUCUGGCGGUGUCGGGAUUCUCGCCGGGAUAAUUGGGCAGGCGUUCGAGGGCUGCGAUUUCUCGACUCUAAGGGCUUGCGAGGAGGCACUCGGGGUGCUCCACGUGGUCCCGUUCGAUGACGUGGACGAAGGUGGUGAUGACGUGGCGGGCCCCGACUUCAUGGGCAGUUUGGCGGUUGUGCUGAGGAGGGGUAGUUCGGAGUCGAGGUUUUGGGCAAUUUCGAUACUUUUAAGGAUGUGGUCGGAUGAUAAUAACGGGCCGCGGUGGGCCCACAUGGCGCGCCAACAAGGCGAUGUCGAUGUCGACUUUUUUAAGUCGUUGUUAGAGAUGGCUUCGGACGAGGUGUGUAGUCGAGCCAGCUCGUGCGCUUUGCAACUUCUAGUUCGGAUCCUACAAGCUUCCAAGAAAUCCAGAUUAAAAGCCAUCGAGGCGGGGGCCAUGUGUUCGUUAGUCGAGCUCUUGCCAGAGUCGAGCAGGUCGAGAUGCGAAAAGAUCCUAGAGCUGAUAAAGUUGAUGUGCGAGUGUGCGGACGGGCGGCUGGCGUUGAUUGAGCACGAUUUGGGAUUAGCAGCAGUGUGCAAGAAGAUGGGUGACGUGUCGCAUUGGGUCACACGGGUCGCGGUUAAGAUAUUGUGGCUCGUCUCGAGUUUCCACCCGAUGGAGCGCGUUUUGGAGGAGAUGCUCGUCUGUGGGGCGGUUCGGAAAAUGCUGGCCCUGCUGCAGGCGGCAGGUGGCGGCGGCGGGAGGACGAAGGAGAGGGUGGUGGGGAUACUAAGGAUGCACGCCGGAGCUUGGCGGCGGUACCCUUGUUUUCCGGCGGUGGAGUUGAGGGGUUAUUUGGGGUUAGGGAUUGAUUCUUGCUAAUGUUAUAUUGUUUUUUUCUUUUUUUUUUUGGAGGGGUUUGAAAGGUGAUUAAUUUGUUAUAUGUUUUGUGAUGAUAUUAAUUAUACUUGGAUUUGAUUUUAUUUUAUGGAGCAAGAAUGUUGAAGUUGAGUUUGACACAUCUUUGGUUGGUUAUGGCUCUAGCUUGAAUUUAUUUAAAGUUCGUUUAGUUAAAGAGUCUAAUCAAUACAGCUCAACUCGUUAAGACUUGAAAAUAGAAUUAUUUUUUUUAUGUAAUUUUUUAUCGACUGGCUUAUUAAAAGUAAGAAACGAGUUGAAUUCGA